AUGCCCGCUACUGUUAUUGAUGGAAAGGCUAUUGCACAAGCUGUUCGCAACCAAGUAAAGGAUAAGAUUACUUCUAUUAAAGAUAAAUAUCCUCAUUUCAAUCCUCACUUGGCUAUGAUCCAAGUCGGUAACCGGGAAGAUUCCUCUAUCUAUGUCAAGAUGAAAGACAAGGCUGCCAAAGAGACUGGGAUCUCUAUCACUAUGGAAAAGUUGCCUGAAAGCAUUUCUCAAUCCGAACUUCUAAGAAAAGUCCAACAGCUCAAUAAUGAUUAUCGCAUUCAUGGUAUUCUUGUUCAAAUGCCCUUGCCUGGACACAUUGAUGAAGCUGCUGUCAUUGAAGCCAUCGAUUAUCAAAAAGAUGUAGAUGGCUUUCAUGCAGUCAAUAUUGGUAAUAUGGCCAAGAGGAAUGGUGAACCUAUGUUUUUACCCUGUACACCAAAGGGUAUUAUCCAUUUAUUGAAGUCUACUGGUAUUGAAAUCGCUGGUAAGCAAGCUGCUGUUGUUGGUCGUAGUGACAUUGUUGGUGCCCCUGUCGCUACUUUGUUGACUGCUGAACACGCCACGGUUACUCUUUGUCACUCAAAGACACCUGAUAUUCAAAGCAUUAUCAAGAACGCUGAUAUCGUUGUUGCUGCUGCAGGCAAGACUGAAUUAGUUAAGGGUGAUUGGAUCAAGCCUGGAGCUGUUGUCAUUGAUGUCGGCACUAACGCUGUUGAAGACGCUACCAAAAAGUCAGGUAUUCGUUGGGUAGGCGAUGUUGAAUAUGACAAGGCAAAGGAAGUUGCUUCUCAUAUCACUCCUGUUCCUGGAGGUGUUGGUCCUAUGACUGUCGCCAUGUUGAUGGAAAACACUGCUAUUAGUGCUGAAAGAUUCUUAACUUUGAGUCGUAAACGCGAUAUUUCUGCUCUUGAACUUGACUUGAAGACACCUGUUCCUUCUGAUAUUGAGAUUGCCAAAGCUCAAACCCCCAAGCAUAUUGAUGAACUCUGUAGAGAAAUCGGUUUGGUUAGCAGCGAGUAUGAAUUGUAUGGUACUGCCAAGGCCAAGAUUGGUUUGGAUGUAUUGGACAGACUCAAGCAUCGUAAGGAUGGUCGUUACAUUGUCGUUACUGGUAUUACACCCACACCUCUUGGUGAAGGUAAAUCAACCACGACCAUUGGUCUUGUUCAAGCCCUUGGUGCUCAUUUAAACAAGGCUGCUUUUGCUUGUGUUCGUCAACCUUCUCAAGGUCCUACUUUUGGUAUCAAGGGUGGUGCUGCUGGUGGUGGUUAUUCUCAAGUUAUCCCCAUGGAUGAAUUCAAUUUGCACAUGACUGGUGAUUUGCAUGCUGUCACUGCUGCCAACAACUUGUUGGCUGCUGCUAUCGAUGCCCGUAUUUUCCAUGAAAACACUCAAUCCAACAAAGCCCUCUUUAACCGCCUUUGUCCUGCCAAGAAGGGCGUUCGUUCUUUUGCUCCUGUCAUGUUGAAGCGUCUUGAAAAGUUGGGUAUCAAUAAGACAAACCCCGACGAUUUGACAGAAGAAGAGAUUGCUCGCUUUGUUCGCUUGGAUAUUGAUCCUGCCACCAUCACCUGGCAACGUGGUGUUGAUAUCAAUGACCGUUUCUUGAGAAAGAUCACGAUUGGUCAAGCUCCCACUGAAAAGGGUAUGGAACGUCAAACUGGUUUUGAUAUUACUGUUGCCAGUGAAGUCAUGGCUGUUCUUGCUUUGGCCACUGAUUUAAAGGAUAUGCGUGAACGCUUAGGCAAAAUGGUUGUUGCUUCUUCUAAGAGUGGAGAACCUAUUACUGCUGAUGAUUUCGGUAUUGGUGGUGCUUUGACUGUCUUGAUGAAGGAUGCCAUUAAGCCUAAUUUGAUGCAAACUCUUGAAGGCACACCUACUAUUGUCCAUGCUGGUCCUUUUGCCAACAUUGCUCAUGGUAACUCUUCUAUUUUGGCUGAUAAGAUUGCUCUUAAAUUGGCUGGUUCUGAUGGUGCUGAUAUGGAGCCUGGUUAUGUUAUUACUGAAGCUGGUUUUGGUGCUGACAUGGGUAUGGAAAAGUUCUUUGAUAUUAAGUGCCGUGUCUCUGGUUUGCAACCUAAUGCUGUUAUCAUUGUCGCUACUGUCAGAGCUCUUAAGACACAUGGCGAUGGUCCCGAAGUAGUUGCCGGCAAGCCUUUGCCCGAAGUUUAUAGCCAAGAAAACUUAGAACUCUUGGAAAAGGGCUGUUGCAACUUGGCCAAGCACAUUCAAAACGCAAAGAAGUUUGGCGUCCCUGUUGUCGUUGCCGUUAACCGUUUCACCAAUGAUACUGAUGCUGAAAUGGAACUUGUUCGCAAGAUCUCCUUAGAAGCCGGCGCUUUUGAUGCUGUUGCUUGUGAUCAUUGGGCUCGUGGUGGCGCUGGUGCCAUUGAUCUUGGUAAGGCUGUUAUCAAGGCCUGUGAACAACCUAGCGAUUUCAAGUUCCUUUAUGAUCUUGACUUGCCUAUUGAAAAGAAGAUUGAGUCUAUCUGUCGUGAAAUUUACGGUGCUGAUGGUGUUGAAUACAGUGAUUUGGCAAAGGAAAAGAUCGAGACUUAUACCCGUCAAGGCUUUGGCUCUCUACCUAUUUGUAUGGCCAAGACACAAUACAGUUUCAGUCAUGAUGCUAACCUUAAGGGUGUCCCUACUGGUUUUACUGUUCCUAUUCGUGAUAUCCGUGCUUCUGUUGGUGCUGGCUUCCUCUAUCCUUUGGUUGGUGCCAUGCAGACUAUGCCUGGUUUGCCCACUCGUCCUUGUUUCUUUGAUGUUGACUUGGAUGAGAAUGGCCAAGUUGUUGGUCUUUUCUAA